AUGGCCGUCGUGUGGACUCCACUCGAAUCGAAUCCAACUGUCAUCAAUCCGAUGAUCGAAAAAAUGGGAGUGAGUGGCGUCAAGACGGUCGAUGUACUGUUCUUCGAAGACGAUUCUAUCGGACAACCGCAGCAUGCCGUCAUUCUUUGCUUCCCGGAGUAUAAGAAGAAAAUCUCCAACGCAUGCGGAACAUUUGCUCUCUUCCACUCGCUUGCCAAUCUAGAAGACCGCAUCAACCUGGGUGAUGGAGCUUUCGCUAAAUGGCUCGCAGAGGCCAAGAAGGUUGGCGUGGAUGAGCGUUCGGAUCUUCUUGCAAACAAUGCCGAGCUGACUGCAAUCCACGCUGCUGCUGCCACUGCUGGACAAACUGAUCCAAGCGGAGAGGUUGAGCAUCACUUGGCUCGUACGUUGAACAUAGCCCAAUCCUUUAUUCAGCGGAUAAGUUAG